CUUCCUAUCUCCGAUCGGAACAUGGAUUUAACACUUUACUCUUUACUUUACUUUGGUCGCCAGACCAUUCAAAUCCGAACAUUGCCUUGAUUUCUGGGCUCCAUGCCUGCCCCCAGCUUCGAACCUGGCACAAGUAACAGUAGUUGAUGUAAGUACCGGUAAGUCACCAUGAAAAGCGAUGUGCCCUUUUUCCCAUUGGUGGUCCUCCAAGCUCCCUUUCUAUCGCUGCUGCCGUGGUUCGUAACAAGUUUUUGAGGUUAUUGGUACCUGGACUUAAUGCAUAGCCGGGAGAGGAGCGAGCCCGCCCUCGAAUGGAGCCUUGGAAGCUGCCUCGGAGGAGAUUCAAGGGUCGUGCAAAAUCCCAGCUUAGUACUGGCGCUACAGGGACCCCCGUAGGCUGCUCUGCGUUCUGACACUCCACUCCUUUCCAGUGCCAUCGACGAGGGGGCGUCCGAUCCUGACAUCCUCUGCCUGCCCUUGCAGCUUCAGCAACCAGGCAACAAAUCAGCUACGGUAAGCCUUAAAAAAUCUCACAAUCUCCCCACCUCUUCAUCACACCUCCGCUUACGAGCAUUAGUAUCCCGCCACCACGACGUUCCAUCUCAUCAGUAACUAACUGUUAGUUAGUUCACCAUGACUUCUCGAGUAUCAACAACCAACAUUGACAGUCUGAAUUCCUUCAACCCCAGUGGUCAUUCCAAGCCUAAGGAGACUCUCCGAAGAGGCACCUGGACCGUGGAGGAGGAACAGUAUGUUGCCUGCCUCAUUGAAGAGUUCAAGCAAGGUCACAUUCCUCUGAAGGAAGGAAUGAGCCUCCGCUGUUUCUUGGCCAAGAUGGUCCACUGUAACCCCAAGCGCAUCAGUAAGAAGUUUGAAGGCAGCAACUACAACGGCAAGCAGCUGUACGAGCAAAGUGACAAAGACUUGGACCCCACUGAAGCACUCGAACGCCGCACCAAGCUUCAGGCGCUGGAAGACAAAUUCGAAGACAGUGUCACGGCCCUCAGGGCAGCUGAAGACUCACGCGGCACAGGAAUUGAUUCCUCUCUGCGCGUGGACAGCAUCAAUCUCUUUCCUUCGUCGGCUCACCAUCGUUCUCUUCUCUCGGGGGCUGCUGCGGGUCUCUCUGGUUCCAAUCUUCUCGGUAGUGACACCAGCUGGUUGCGAGCAGCUUUGGCCAACCCAGGCGGAAUGAGUCUGGGAGCAACUGCUGCUGGCCUUGGACUUGGUGGCGGCGGUGGUGGUCUGAACUCCCUUGGAAGAGGCCUGGACCAUUCCACGCUUCUCGCCGCUGGCUUGGGAUCGUUGGAACCCAAUCCGCUACCAAUGGGUGCUGACAGCCUUGGCAACAUGGCUCGGUUCUCAAACAGCCGUUCUUCUCAAGUCGGAGUAGAUGUCUCUGGCGAAUCAAGUCGCUUCAAGAACAGUCUCUCGGAUCCAUCCUUGGCCGUCAACAUCCCUCCAGGUAUCUCCAUGGCAUCCCUUCAGGGUGGUCCAUCAGCUAUGACUGGAGGAUUGGGCGGCGGCAGUCUGCAGGCAUCGAUAGGAUUCCCGUCUUUACCUGGGUUUUCAGCUGGCAUGGGCUUUAGUGGUGGCACCGCCGAUGGAGGUCUUGCGCAAGAUAUUUUGCACCAGCAAUUGAUGACAGCCAAUGCCCCCGCUGGCUCUGCGAAUCACGAAGACAACACCCGCCGCCGACUCAUGAAUCUAUUGUCUCAGCCAUCGUCUUCAGAAGCGCAGAUCAAACGCAACAGUUUGGCGAUGAUGGGUGCUCAAGAUGUGCUUUCCGGCAAUGCCAAGAAACGCCGAUUCUACUAGGUCGUAACAGGCGCCUGAACAAGUUGUCCGGGGUAGCGGCAGCUUCUUGCAUGGAUCGAUAUCGGUGAAUGGAAUAUAUGUUAUUUUUCUUGUCUAUACGUAUCCAGUCCGUUCUAAAGAGAAACACAUGUACAUACCGGUAGUCCUUUACAAUCAAUCAUGCAUGGAUAAUACAAUUUAUAGUCCUUUUGUUAAGGUUU